AAGGCUCUCCACCACCCACUCAGUCAUACUUCUACCACCAUGAAUCCACUUCUGGUUCUUGCCUUUGUGGGAGCUGCUGUUGCUUUCCCCGUUGACGAUGAUGACAAGAUCGUCGGGGGCUACACCUGUGAGGAGAAUUCCAUCCCCUACCAGGUGUCCCUGAACUCUGGCUACCACUUCUGUGGUGGCUCCCUCAUCAAUGCCCAGUGGGUGGUGUCCGCGGCUCACUGCUACAAAUCCCGCAUCCAGGUGAGACUAGGAGAGUACAACAUCGAAGUCGUGGAAGGGAACGAACAGUUCAUCAACGCGGCCAAGAUCAUCCGCCACCCCAAGUACAACAGCUGGACCCUGGACAAUGACAUCUUGCUGAUUAAGCUCGCCUCGCCUGCAGUCAUCAAUGCCCGGGUGUCCUCCAUCUCCCUGCCCAGGGCCAGUGCUCCUGCUGGCACCCUGUGCCUCAUCUCUGGCUGGGGCAACACCCUGAGCUCUGGCAGCAACUACCCAGACCUGCUGCAGUGCCUGGAAGCCCCGCUGCUGAGUCAGGCUGAGUGCGAGGCCUCCUACCCUGGGGAGAUCACCAAGAACAUGGUCUGUGCCGGCUUCCUGGAGGGAGGCAAGGACUCCUGCCAGGGUGACUCUGGGGGCCCUGUGGUCUGCAAUGGACAGCUCCAGGGAAUUGUCUCCUGGGGCUAUGGCUGUGCCCAGA